AUGGCGAUCUUUUCGGCUGUUCUGAUCCUCUUUGGGGCCACUACCUGCUUUGCCACCGCACAAUCUAGCAGGUCAGAGAGGAUUCUUGGCGAAUGGUCAAAGGAGGAACUCCGGCCAGCGACGGUCCUUGGACAAAUCAGUACUCACCACCAGCCACAUUCCCUCCGCGGCAUAUGGCCACACUUUGCAGAGCAAGCGCCACAAGUCCGAGCAGCUCUAGUUAACGCCGACAGUGCAGCUGCAGGGGGAGUGACAACAACGGAUGUAGCUCCACUACGUCCAGCGAAGGAUGACGCAGCUGCCAGCGAGCCAUCCCCCGCCAACGACUAUCUCAUAGUUCCGCACACUCGAACCUACUGCGAAGGGAAGUCAAUUUUGCUUGCGGAGGACGCUUCAACAGUAGGCUGA